UAAUGAUUAAUUUAAAGUAUUUUAUAUUUACAUAAAUAAAUUAUGAGUUAAAAAAAUAAACAAAAAAUAAAAUAAUAUGAUCAGUUUUAGUUUUGCAGUUUGCAAUUUACAAAUUUAAUCAGCUUAAUAAUUUAAAUAUUUGUAAUAUUUAUUUGAUUAUAAACGCAUAUAUUUUAAGUUCUAUUUAAGAAAAAUGGGUUUUUCGCCUACUUUUAAGUGUAAACAUAUAUGUAUUUUUAUCUUUUUUCUAAAUAAAUAAAAAUAAAUAAUAUAGGUAAUAAAUUGGAACAAUUAAAACCUCAAAUUUUAAUUUUAAUCGCUCUAUAAUUCUAACUUAAAAUUGAAUUUUUUAAAAUUGGCGCCACUCGAUCGGCGAUGCGGUGCUAGCGCCUUUAAACGCAUAAAAUUGGCAUUGCACGUUGCGCGGCGCUAGUUAAGUUCGAUGAAAGCGGCACUUCGUCGAGCAUGCGCGGAUUCGUCGAUACUAACGAGUGAGGAGGGGGGGGGGGGAACAGGUGUCACACGCGUAAUCUCGCUUGAACGCCGUGGGUGGCAAGGCGCCAGGGGGCGCCACACGCCACCCCCACGUAGCCCCCCACGGGUGGCUCUCUUGUCGCUCCCAUUCCCAGGCGGAAUCAUCAUCGCCCCGUCGCUGUUUUCUGUUGUGUUUUGGGGGGCCGGGACCGUGGUGCCGUCAAAGGGGAGGAACAGGAAGGAAGGAGACAUGCCGUCGCGAUAAUUGCCGUGCUGUGGGGCUAGCCGUGUGCGUGCGCGAGUGCUGCGACGUGUGCUCGGAUCGUCGUCGUCAUCGUCGUCGUCGCCGUCGCUGCCGCCGCCGCCGCCGCCGCCGCCACCGCGCCGCACCGCGUCGUGUCGUGUCGUCCCCAAGCACACGCGUCCGUCCAUCCGUCGUGCGUCGACCGCGCCGCGUGCAGGCAGGUGUAAUUUAAUAAGCGCAGGCAGAGGCAGGCUGGGGAGGCUGGUGGCUGGCUGGCUGGCGAUUUAACAGGAUAUCGAUUUGUCUGGUGGCGGCGAGCCAGUGCCGCCGCCGCCGCUGCCACCGCCGCCGCCGCCGCCACCGUCGCUGUUGUCUCGCGGCACACACCGCAUACACCACACACGGAGGACACACGGCAGCACCGCGCGCGUACGGCUGUCAGGCGUUACAGGGACAGCCAUGGACGUCGAUAUUUUUGGGGCACAGCGGUGGUGUGCAGCUGUGCCGUGUGCGUGCGCGACCGCGUGCCGCGGACCGAUGGGCGACGAGAUGUGACGCGAGACGGCCGCCCCGGCGACGAUUGUUCCGUUUCAAAAACACGAAGAGAGAAGAGCGUGGCCAGAACGGGCAGAGAGAGAGAAAGAGAGAGCGCGAGCGAAAGGGAAAGAGAGAGAAAGAACGCGUACACACCGCAUACGUACACACGAUACACAUACACACACAUACACGGGCGAACACACGAUUGCGAUCGGUCUUGAAGAAGCGAAUGCCUGCGUACGAGAAGGUCCGCUCAUCGCUACGUCGUCGGCUACGUCAUAGAUCGUGUGGAACGUUCUUCCGCUCUAGGUCGUCGUAGGUUUCGCUUGUAUCGUGUUUGCGAAAAUCAGUACCGCCGGUCGUAGGUAAACGAUGGAGCUCAACGGUGCGGGAACGCCUGUCGGCGGGGCCGUGGCCUGUCCCGUGUGUACUCUGUACCUGCGUGAGGGCAUCAGUCUGCAGAAGCAUCUGGACACUCAUCCCAAGGAACAGGUUAUAGAUGCUCUCAUCAAAGCCAGCACCUCCUCGUUGCAAACGCAACAGCAGCAGCAGCAGGCUCUACCAGCGUCGGUGGGAACGUCGCUACCAUUAUCGUUGCAGUCGCAGGCCACGCUUCAGACCACCCCUACCUCGAUCCAGGCUGCGCCCCAGGCUACAUCCUCCCAGGUCUCGCAGAACACGCACAUCUCUGCACCCUCCCCAUAUCCCGUAGGACCCAUCUUCGAGUGCCCACCCAUAAGCACCAUGAUGCAUCCACCACCACAGUUCACCUCGUUCAGUUAUCAGCAAUUUGUCAACAAUGGGACCAUGAUGAUACCGCAGUACGCCGCGAUGGCGCCGCAGGCCAAUCAGAUGAUGCAGAUGCUGUACAAUCCAUACGGUAUGUACCAACAGCAAAUACCCACCGUCCAAAUGAUCUCACCGGUUGCAGCUAUUCCUGGGGCGACGGCGACGACGAGGGUCACUCGACCACCAGUGGUCACCAUGGGAGCCACCGGAGGAUGUGAGAGUAGCAACGUUAGGACCCUGACAGUCCCUGUAAAUAGUCCAGAGCCGAAACAGAUCCUACCGGAGAUCCUGCCGGAUCCCGCGGAGCCCGAGGCCAGCCAGGUUAUCACGCCAGAUUCCGUGAGCCUUUCGGCGUCGCCAUCCGUGCUGUCGCCGAGCGAGACCGCCGCGUCCAUUGUCAGAGCGAGAGAAGAAGGAGGUGAUAAUGGUGCGUUGCUGUCUAUCGAUCACCGAGGAGCAGCACAACAGCAGCAGAGCACGCGAAGCUGCUCCUCCACGCCUCCUGGUGACGGCGGCGGUGGCGGAGGCACGAUGCAACAGCACCACGACGCGCACUACAAUGCCAUUCCCAGAUCCAUUACGAUCGCCUGCGCCAUAGACAGCGUUGACAACAAGGUGGAGAGCGUGUUGCCGGAUGUAAUGGAGGAAGAGGAAGAACCGUCGAGCGACAUAGUCUCGGCCGUAGACCACCUGCACUGCAAAACCGUCACGUACGAACAAUCGGAGCAACAGUUUACACAGCAGGAGGAAACAUAUAUGAGCAUAUCCGGGAAGAUACACAACUGCGGGACGGCCGAUGCAGUCGAUUCCACGGGCUGCGUCGAAUCGAUGGAAAUGAUGACCGACGAAAGACCCGCGAGUCGCAGCAGCAGCAGCAACAACGUCAGCUUGCCACGGGAUUUGAUUGCGAUGGACGCGACGUUGAAGGACUCGGUUCAACCCUCUGAGCUGAAUUCUGUGGAGAAACUGGAGAAUUUGAUCACGAUAAUGGAGACGGAACUCAAUAAUGCCUCGCUUUCGCAGAAGGAGAGCGACGAUCGGGAAAGAUUGAGAGAGGAGGAAGAGGAGGAAGAGGAAAAGGAGAAAAGCGGUGGUGGCAUCAUGACGCUGGACAGAGAAGAGAGUGUGAUUCACGACACGGUGGUCACGAUUCCGGGCUCCCACGAAAAGGACCACAUACUGCCCGACAUACAGGAGCAGGAGAACGAUUACGUGCCGGCCGACGAGGAACUGGGCGGAAUGCUGGGGAAAUCGUGCGGCGACGGCUCGUCGUCAUCGUCGUCGUCAUACAAAGACAUGGACUGCUCGAAGAUCAACGAGGCGCUGGAGAGAUUGGAGAGAACCUUUCACACGGAUAAUUACAAGUAUAGUCUUUCAGCACCUGCGUCCCCGGUGGCGAGGAGAAGAAGCCGCGCAGCGGCGAGGGUCGCGCAGCAGCGUCGUUACAGCACGUGCUCGCGGUCGGAGCACGGGUCAUGCGAGGAUCUCCGCGGCGCCGGUGAUUUCGCCACGGCUUCGUCGGCCAUGCAUGACGACGACGAGGACGACGACGAGGACGACGAUGACGAGGAGGACGAGGACGUGGACGAGGACGAGAAGAUCGACGAGGAGGACAACUUCGACGAGGCGGACAUGGAGAUCGACGAGAUUCCCAGUCCGCACACGCCCUUUGCGGACUGUGGCGGCGGCGGCGGCGUCCGAUCGCACACGCCAUUGUCCACGAUCAGCGGGAUUUCCGUGCUCAGAGUCAGGAAGGAUCUCAGCAAACCCUGCUCGCCAACUACGUCCAUGCACUCGUUUCAUCACGUGGACAGCGACAGUGUGGCAACCCACGACGACGACGAGGAUAGUAAGGACGGCAUUGCGGAGAAGGAUCCGAUCGAUUGUUCUCAGGUAGAGGAGGAGGAUGAGGAAGAAGAAGAGGAGGAGGAGGAAGAGGAGGAGAAAAUCAAGACUGAUCAUCAGCGUCAUCAUCAGGAGAACGUAGGUGGAGCACAGAUGGCGGUGUGCGAGAGCGCGGUCGCCAAGAUUCAGGAGCAAUCUAGCAGCAGCAGCAACUACGCGGCGUACCAUCAGUCAGUGAUAACCGAACACAUCAGUUCGUUCCCCGUAAUACACUCGCAACCGUCGUCCGUCUUGAUGCACGAGUCGUACUCCAUCACGACGAGCACCAAGACGACACACCAGAACCUUCUGAAUCUAUCCGAGUCGAUAAAUCCCACGACCAGCAGCACGACCGAAUCCAGGAACUUUCACUCCACGUCGGCCAAGUCGCUGAUGCCGAAGCAAUCGAUGGAACUGCUCAACAUAAACGAGGACGCUCAUGCCGGGCCGAUGAACGUCUUUGAGUUCGACGGACUGCAAAUAUUAGUUCCUAGUACGUUUAUAAGUGACUCGUCCCAGAAGGCGGUGAGCGCGACCAGCCAGCAAUCUAUGGCGAGUAGCGAGGGUGCAAUAGGUAUCGACGAGGAAGUGAAGAGUAUUAAUAUGCGUGCCGACGAGACUAUGCCGCCCAGGGGCGAAUUGUCGGAGCAGGAGAGCAAUGGUUGCACGGAACAGUCCGCGUGGCAGUUGUACAUGGGUCAAGAAUCUUCGCGCAUGUCCACUUCUUACGAUCUGUUGGCACGAGAAAGCUGGGAGGAAUCGGAAGGAUCCGACAACGAGAUCAGCGGGCCGUUGUUAGAUAGCAGAUCAUUGGCCACGCAUUUUACUUCGAGCUUGUUUUUGGAUCGGGACCGAAAAACACCGACCAAACGAACAUUCAAAUGUUCCCACUGUAGCGAAGUGUUUGAUUGUCCAAAGGAGCGUAGAGUUCACAGCACAACGGUGCACAAGGACGCGAUGCCCAGUAGCAGUAGAGACCAGUUAGAUCAGCCAGAGGUGAAGGACAUCAAGUUGCUGGAUAGUCGUAUGAAUAUGUUCGAUGACAUAUUUAUGCCGAGUAUACACAUGCAACAGCACAUGUACCAUCAUCAGCAGCCGCUUCUGCAUCAGCUGCAGCCACCGUCGCAGCCUGGCUCGGAUGGCUUGACGAAGGCUGAGACCGACCAGAAAAUUGGCGAGAAUUUGGUGAUACCGUCGAACAUCGAGGUGGUCUGCACGAUAUGCAGUCAGCGAUUCAACAGCGAGAAAUCUUUACAAGCGCAUCACCGGCGCAUGCAUCUCGCCGAAGUGAACAAGCGCUUACGCGAAACCGCUAAGUGCCAGAUAUGCAACGAAGAGUUCCCGUCAGUGUUCCUGUUUAAUGCACACCUAAAGAUACAUCCGUUAGAGUGCGGACAGUGCGGCAAGUAUUUCUAUCGCAAGCAAAACUUUAAACUUCACAUGAAGCGUCACCUGGGCAUCAAACCGUUCCCGUGUACUGUGUGCGACAAGGCGUUCCUCACUAAGCAGAAACUGGAGGAGCACACGAACGGCCACACUGGCAACGCACCCGUUCGGUGCAGCCUGUGCAAUGAGACCUUCCGCCGAUACUCGAAUCUAACCCAGCACAAGAACAGGCAUCAUUUGAACAUUAAGAAAAAACUCAAAGAUUACAUAUGCCACUGCGGCGAGGUAUUCCACACGAAAAAGAAGCUUGCCUGGCACAAAGAGACGCAUGACGAGAAACCCAAGGCUUGCACUUAUUGUAACGAACGAUUUAUUCAUAUGGCCAGCCUAACACGUCACAUGCGUCGCGCUCACAACCGUCGAUUUGUUCCUGAUGCUCAGCGCGAAAGUGAGAACGUCGAGUGCCCGAUCUGCAAGUGUAUCUAUCUGCGAUCGUCGCUUGCGGUGCACAUGCGUGUGCAUAACGGCGAGCGACCAUACGAGUGCCAGGUCUGCUCCAAGGCGUUUAGCACCAAAUGGAACCUGCAACUGCACAAGUGGACGCACGCGGCGCGCAGCACCAAGCCGUUCAAAUGUAAUCAGUGCAGCGCGGCGUUCUAUCGUCACAGCGACUACACGGCGCACAUGAAUUCCCACCGAAAUGUGCGGCCGUACACGUGCAAUUACUGCGGUGCGCAGUUCAUCCGCAAGUACAACUGCCUGCGGCACGUGAAAGAGCACGAAGAGAACAAAGCCUACACGUGCGACGUUUGCAACAAGACCUUCCACCGCUCGUACUAUCUCAAGGAGCAUCUGCGAGUGCACUCGGGUGCGCGACCGUACACGUGUCACAUAUGCGGAAAGUCCAGCGGCACCAAGUCCAAUCACAACAAGCACGUGCGAAUUCAUCAUGCGCGCGAGCCUGUAAAUACCGAGAAUUGAAUGUUCGCUCAAUCUGCUACGUUCACUUUGGCGCUCUCAUUGCGCCCGCAGUCGGGACUCGGCGCAAUCGCCCGCGCUGUACUUAUAAUGAGAUUUACAGCGUACACAGUUCUCAGGAAACUGGAACUAUAUGCUUUUACACUUUGAUUGGGUAUUGGGAUAUAAUAUCGUAACAAGUUUCGAGUUUGACGCCCACGCAGUGGACGUUGUUUCGCGUUAGAAACUGAACUCGUCAAAGUUUUUAACAAAAGGGUUAAUCCUAGUUUUGAACCGGUUUUCGAACUCGGUCCAGUCUGAAUUCUAUGAGGGACAGUCGUGCUAACUGGUUAGCGAUUCACUGUCCCUAAUCUAAAUUAUAGCUACAAUUACCGUCGGUACUACGAAAUUUAGUUAAGAUUAUUUAGCGCCGAUCGACGUACAGAUAACGGCAAGUCAAUGUUUCAUUGUACUCGAUCGGAGAAACGCGUUCACACACGCGCGAUAGAAGAAAAUAUAUUUAACGAAUAUGUACGGCUGUACGCGUAUACGCGCCGAUGACAAUGAAGACAGUUGAGUCACCGUAACGGUAUUCGAGUGCUGAGUCUAAAGCACUGGGUCUACUGUUAAGGGUUUUUAUUCAAUUUCGUAUAUACGAAGAAUACAUACUACGUUAUAUACAUGCCGUACAUUUUUAAUAUUAUUAAUACUAUAAAGGUACAUGAAUUUUUUAUAUAUCCGAAAGUGUCUUAUGGUAACACUUAAGCAUUUUGCCAUACGUAAAAUAAUUCGGAGACAUUAUUAACUUUGUCGUCCGUGUGGUUUAAUUCUAGACAAGUAAUUUUAUUUUAUUUAAAGUCUCCUUUAAUUUUUUUUAUGAAAUUGCUAUUGAGUAACUGUUAUAUUAUUUUUUCGUUAAUGACUACGAGGGUAUUUUUUAUUUCUAAGAAAUUCAUUAAUAUACCAUUUUUUGUAUGCAUAAGAUAUUUAAAUUAUGUUAAAAUGUGAUUUAGUUUAAUUCAACGUGAAACUUAAAAAGACAAAUCCUUAGAUAUCCAAGCAUAUUUAAGAUAGUAAAUUCAUGCAAGUUCUAAAGACUUCUUUGUUCCAUAGUAAUUUCAAAACUUAUAAAAAAAGCAUGCUAUAUAUGUUAUGUACAUAUAUAUUAUAAUUCAAUUACCAACAAUUUAUUACAACAUUAUAGUUAUUUUUUAUUGCGUUGAAAUAAAAAUUUUAUAAAAUUUAUAUAUUAAAGUUUUUUAAAAUUUUAUUAUAAAAAUGCAUGAAUUUACGUAAUUAUUAAAAUUUAUUUUUGUCCUGUUCUCUCUUUCUUUUCUUGCAAAAUUUGUAAGUCCGCGAAGAUAUCUAAAGAUCAAAAUUGUUAUCUAUGAUAUAUACCUAUUAUCAAGCUUUAUUAACUUCAUUAUAUGGGAUUGGGAUUUUAUAACGUCAUACGUGCGUAUGUUUUAAACGUUUGCGUAUUUGGUAGGUCCAGUGACUUCAGACUACAAUUACCUAAGCUAAUAAUAUAAAUUUUUAAUGAAGAUUAACUAUCAUAUAAUACAUGUCACAAAGUUUCUCGAAUAGUUCUUGCGGAGAAAAAAUUUGCUACGCAAUGAAAGAACACGUUUGCCAACUAAUAGUAAUUAAUUAUUAUAUACAGAUAAUUAAUCCAAUUAAUAUUUACAAAGGUACACAGCACUUUACGUGUCGAUGAUUGUAAAGAAUUUUCUUUUUUACAAAUAUCUAUUUUACACAAGAAGCAUAUACAUAUUACAAGUUUCUGUGCAUUGUUUACCCAAUGUAAGCCCAAUAUACGCAUGGGAUGACUCGUAUUGAGUUGCGAUCAAUUUUCUAUGCAAGGGCCUAUAUAAAUAAUAUUAUAACUAUCGAUUAUUACAUAAUAGUUAUGAAAAUCUUAGUUGUUAUUCUUCUAUAUUUAUAUAUUUUGCAAUGUGUAUAAGACCGAUAUAUAUAUUAUUGGUUACUAUAAUUUCAAGACUGAUCGGUGUUGGUUCUUUACAUAUUGCUCUCUAAUAUGAAUCAAAACAGUUGUACUCCUCAAUUUUAGUUUAAUUUCAUUGCAAAUAGUUUGCAUAAUUUAAUCUUACCUGUGACUAAUACAAUAUUAUUACAGAGUAAAUCCAAAAUGUAAAUCCAUAAAAAAAGAACAUUUUAAAAUCAAUGAAAAAGUAAUUUCAUACGGAAUUAAAUUAUAUAAUUAUGCAUUAUAUGAUUAAUCUUAUUUAUACAUGUUUAAAAAAUCUGGUUACAUAUAAAAUAACAGAUUUUAAAUGUUUUAGUUUAAAAAUUUACAGUAUGUCUAAAAUCACAUUAACUUUUUAUUAUAAUGUAUGUAGAACAUUAUAUUGUAUUAUUUCUGAUAUAGGUUUUAGAGAAUUUGUUACAUUGGCGCUGCGACGGCAUAAAAAAUAUAAAAAUCAGUUGUUUUACUCUCUUCUGAUACUCAUUGUACUUUUUAAAUAUGAGUACUAUCAAACCAUAUGUCAUUUGCAAAAUCAGACCAGUGUCUUGUAGCGUCGAUAUAUGGUUGAGUAGAUAAGCGCACUUGUGAAAUCAAAAGGUGCAGAUUUACGUUUAAAAUUUCACGACUGUUUGUUAUUUUGAUGUAGGGGAGCAAUAUUGAAGAGGAUAUAAAGCUGGCUGAAAUAUGUUAGCGACGUAUUAUCGAUUGUUUGAUUGACUUUUGUACAAAUCAAAUCAUCAUUUAUUUAAAAAACGAGUUUUAACUAUUAAUUUAAAAAAAAGCGACCAGAAAUGACUAACAAAUGUAAGAAAAACAUGAUUAUGUAAAAAUUUAUGGAUAUUUCGAUAACAAUUUAAAUUUAAAGACAUUAGUACAGCGAAUUGUGCAAAAGAAUACAUUGCAUGUGUAUAUUAUAUAUAUAUAUAUAUCACAAUGGAGUCUGUUUAAAAAAUAUUAACUCUUUGUACUUGAAGUAUUUCUUUUUCAAUAGUAUCAGGGAUAUAUAUGAUGGAAGUAAUUUUAUCUUGUGUUAUUUCUGAAAUUCACUGCUCAGCUAAGAUUACAAGUUGUUGACAAUUAAUGUAAGAUGAAUAACUGGCAGAAAUAUCACUUUGAAAAAUUAAAUUUUGACAGAAAAUAUCCAUCUAGUUCUAGAAAUCUUACGGCGUUAUGUAUUGAUAAGAACAAUCGUACGCUGAAAACAAUCGCAAAUGUGAACGUGAUAAAGUAAGAAAAGGAUGCCUGUGUACGUGUGUGUAUAUAUAAAAAAAUAUAUAUAUACAUUAUAUUGUGAAUACGUGAAUUAUUAAAAUAGAUAUAUAAUGUUAUACAAUGUACUCUUGGGCCAGCGUGGAAGUGAAAGUGAAAGUAAGUGUGGUUGAUGAACAAAAAUCAGUUUUCAUAGUAAGGUCCCACUCGUAAAUGGAGUUCAUCACACAAUUCAGAUAAAAUUUAUUAUUGUGCAUAUAACUUUGUAUAUGGAAGAAUUUGUAAAUGUGAUGUUUUACAACUCUAAUCUAUAUUUAAUGUAGGGGUAAACCAGAAAGUCAGAAUAUCUGUGAGAAGUAAAUUAAAUUCUUUGCAAUAAUAUGUAAUACUAUUGAUGUCGUAACUGGACGUGAAUAUUUCAGGAAUAGAUUUUUUUCGAACACAAAGUCAAAUUUUCUUGGAAACAAAUAUUUAAACGAUAUUCAUAAUUGAUUUUAUCAAUUAAUAGUUACGAUAUGUGAAGAAGUAAAAAAUAAGAAAAUUUGUUGAUUUUAUGUUUCUCUUGUGAAUAAAAAUAACGUUUAUUAAAUUUGAAAUACAAUUAGCAGUACUAAUUAGUUUAAUAGUAUUUUUUAUCUGAAGUGAUCAUCUCAAUGUUGUAACUGAAAAAAAUAGCAACAAACUUAAGGUUUUAUUAUUUUAUUAUUAAUAAGUCAUUAUUAAAAUUUUAUCAUUAUCUAUUAACAAAGGAAAAUCGACGUUGAAUUUAUUAACGAGAAAUCUCUCCCUGAAAUACUUUAUUAUUCGCGCGUUUUGUAAACAUUCAAUAUAUUCUGAUAUAUUUUUUGUAAUACCACAACCUUUUGCAUAUAGUAUUCCUAUUGCAAGCAAUAUUCAAGCACAAAGGGUUAAAAUAUUUUUCGUAUAUGGAAAUAGAAAUGCGUCAAUAAUUUUCAAUAAUUGACUCCAUCGUUUAUAUCAAAUUAAUCAAAUUUAUCUUUUAUAUUAAUAAAUCGCACGUUUAGUCUUCUGUUAUUUUCACUGAGUUUAUUCGUAAAAAAAAAGAUUUGAUAUGCGAUGGGUAUUCAGGUAGCUAGAGAAGCCCACCUACAACCAACAUCGACGUCCAAAUGUGCAAUUGUUUAGUUAAACUAUUCAUACACUUAUUCAUAACGAACAUUGUUGUAAAUAAUGUAAAUAUGUACAUUAUUCUAUUUUAUAAUAGGGCCAAUGAAUUGAUUUGGCAAUUGAGUAUCAUACGAAACUCAAUCUACGCUAUAAGCAGAUUAAAAAAUAGGGUAACAUUAUCAUUAAAAAAAGGAAAAAAACAAUAAAUCAACAUAUGUAUACCUUAAUAAAAUUUAUGUAUUGAGGUACGUUUUU